AUGUCUGACCCGUUCAAGACCAGGACAUUGAAAAGGAAGAACGUGAAGGGGCUGGCUUUGAAUGCUCCACCUCCACGGGCCGCGAAUCCCUCAGAAGGUGAUUCGCAAAUUCCAGGUGCCCUGGGCAAUUCCGAUAGCGACCGGACAGACACGUUGGAAAUCGGCUUGGAAUUCAAACUGGAUCUGCGAAGCGAAGACCUGAUAGUCCUCAAAGAGUUGGGUGCUGGCAAUGGAGGUACUGUCAGUAAAGUCAUGCAUGCUUCUACCAAAGUGAUCAUGGCCAGAAAGAUAAUUCGAGUCGAUGCGAAAGAAAAUGUCCGCAAGCAAAUUGUGAGGGAACUGCAGGUUGGGCACGACUGUAGUUCGCCGUAUGUGAUCACAUUCUACGGUGCUUUUCAGAAUGAAGCUCGUGAUAUUGUGCUUUGUAUGGAAUACAUGGACUGCGGUUCCUUGGAUCGUAUAUCGAAAGACUUUGGACCCAUACGUGUCGACGUACUUGGGAAAAUAACCGAAUCGAUUCUAGGUGGCUUGGUCUACCUCUACGAAGCACAUCGCAUAAUGCACCGGGAUAUCAAGCCUUCAAACGUCCUAGUGAAUUCUCGGGGCAUGAUCAAGCUAUGUGAUUUUGGAGUUGCUACAGAAACCGUCAACUCGGUCGCGAACACGUUCGUUGGCACCUCGACAUACAUGGCACCGGAGCGAAUCCAGGGAGGAGCGUACUCCAUCAAAUCAGAUGUGUGGAGUGUUGGUCUCACCGUGAUGGAAUUGGCCAUUGGGAGGUUCCCCUUCGACUCUAGCGACUCUGCUGCAGGCGACAGAGCCAGUGCUGGACCGAUGGGUAUUCUUGACCUUCUACAAACCAUUGUCCAUGAGCCUGCACCGAAAUUACCCAAGAGCGAAGCUUUCCCGGCCAUUUUGGAAGACUUUGUGGCCAAGUGUUUAUUAAAGAACCCGGACGAAAGACCUACACCCCGGGAGCUGUACGAUAGGGACAACUUUCUACAAGCUGCCAAGAGAACUCCGGUCGAUUUGCAAGAGUGGGCUGUCUCGAUGAUGGAGAGACACAACCGCAAAUCCUAUCUAGCACCUCCGGCCCCAAAAUCUCUCAAAAGCGACGGAACAAGCUCUGAUGCCUCGUACACAAAUUCCGUCGCAUCUACAGCAUCCCUCAUAAGUGAUCCUCGGAGCACACCUGUUACUACCAGACAACAACACUUUCCUGUGUCCGGUCAUAUACCUGUUGCCGCCCCUCAAUUUGCGGUUCAACACACACCGACGGGUUUCGUGGAAAAAUCACCCCCACCUCCGCUGUCAUUACAACACCUGUCCCUGGAGACGCGAGAUGCACCGACUGGAGUUGGACCACGUGCAAAUCGCCUUGGGUACAACGACCGUGAUAACAUUCCUGAGCCUGCUUCCGCUAUUGAACCCUCCCAGCGGCCAAUGUUUCCUCCACGAACAAGUAGCAGCGGUUCUGUGAUCAAUGGACGAAACCCGUUAGGAAGUCCGCCACUUUCCUUGCGACAACCACCACCAUCAGGUCCACUACCGGCUCCACCAAUGAAGGAUCUGCCGGCACCACCGACAUCGUACAGUGCGGGAAUAGCUAGUCCUCGGCGACUACGGUGA